AUGCAACCACCACAGCUGAACGUGAUAGACGAGAAUCUCUCUCCAUCAUUCUCGGCAACAAAUGGCGGGAGUACCGACACCCUAUCAUCGCUUGCAGACGAGCUUGGGGACGAUACUUCGCUGUCGCUGAACGAUGACCUGGCGUCUAUGCGACACUCAUCGAGAAGAAGCUUUGACUCUUCGUCUGUCUUCACUUCAAGUUUCAGACCGAGUCUGGAUGACUCAAUUCCCGAAUUGGGUACAAAUAGGCUGAGCAUUCAGAAGGUUAGUCCGCUGGGACCCAAUUCGAUCUUUGAACUCGUGGCGGAUGUGGAUUCUAGAAAGCAAGCUUCAUCGCUGAGUCCCAGCUUGAACAGGAGUCGAAGAAGAAUCAACAUUCUACCGCCAACCUCCAAGGAUAUUCCUCCAAUUCAGCUGUCAAAAUUGGAGAAGGCCUCCAAGGAGGUGUUCAAAGAGUACCUCUCCCAAGUUGGUAAGGAAUACGAAAAGUACAACUCCAAUAAAAGACUGACGGCGUCUACGCUACAGACGCUAUCACGGAGGGUCUCCGUGGGUGCGAAUGGUGAAGUACUAGAGGAAGAGAAGGAUGGGCUGAAUACCAUCCCAGAGGUAUUCUUUAGUGAAGACUUUAACCUCGACGACCCGAGAAUCUUCAAGCUGGUUACUGAAGGGCAACCAGUGGAUAGCAUGAACGAAUCUCUACAGGAGAAGAUUUCAUGGUAUUUGGACACCAUUGAGAUACAUCUCGUUAAUGAGAUCUCGAAAUCAUCUGGUUCUUUUUUCACUGCGUUGAGUGAUUUGAGUGAAAUCAACGAUAAGAAUGACAAAGCCGUUGAGCUCAUAAAACAGCUGAAAAGUAAACUGGAUAUUGUCAAGGAGAAGAAGAUUAUGCAUAACUUGAAGCGGAUGGAAUUACAGAGGAAAAAGGAUAACGUUGCUAAAUUGGAACAAGGUUUACUCCAGGCAUCCACUGCACUCAUACUGACGGAGGAAGCAUCUGAAAUUCUCCUGAGAGGAGAAUAUGACAGUUGUUUGGACAAGAUUGAUUACGUGGAAAGCCUUUUAUCAGGCCAUUGUUCAGAUUUGAAAUGGCCUUAUCCAUUGCAAGAUCUUUGUGGGGUUGAAGGACUAUCACAGUGUCGUCAAAAGCUGUGUAAAUUGAGAGAACAGACUGGUGAAUCGUAUUCGAAACUGUUUACUGAUCUACUCUUGCAAGAUAUCAGACAACAUUAUGAAAGCAUUGACUUCAAAGAAUCUCUUGAAAGAAUGAUUAAAGGCAAAAAUUAUAACAAACCUGUGGGUGAAGAUUUCAAGUCCCAGUUGACAAAAUACAUAGUUGGGCUUUCGAGAUCUCAAGAAAUUGCCACUGCCUUCAAGAGCUAUGAGGGUGCUGUUGUCAACGAAAUUAAGAACAUUGUCCGUGUAUUCCUACCUUCAGAGGAACAACCAGACAGUAAGGAUUCAACUUCUUCUCAAAAUUCUUCUUCCUCUAAACCACACAGUCUGAGUGCAUUGAUAAAGAUGAUGUCUCCAAGAGAAUUUGAGGUCAUGUUAAUAAAGAUCUUCACGUCAGUCUCUGAAGGUCUUAGAAGGUUAACUGUUCAUCAGAAGUUAUUGAUGGAUCUUGCACUUGAUAAUAUCACAGUAAAGGAACAAGACCAAUAUGACUUAUUCAAACAACUCGAUAUUAGAAGUUGCAUUACCAAGUCGACAGAGAUCAUACAAGUGCGUAUAGGUAAAAUCACCGCAGUUCGAAGAGACCUUACUGCAUCUUUGAGAUAUGACUAUUUCUUGAGAUUUUACUACAUCAUAUCAAAAUUCCUGGAAGAGUGUGAAAACAUUUGUGGGUCUUCAUUUAACUACCUACCAGACAUUAUGGCCCAACAGAUCAAGGCUUUCAACUCGUCAUUCCAACAUACAAAUUUGAACAGAAUCUCUGCCUUCUUGAACACAGAAGAUUGGAAGCCUGCGAUUGUAUCACCAGACUUACAGGAGUUUGUGAUCCACUUAAUGGGCAACAAUAAGUUGGAUUCAGAAAAGAAAUGGAAGCACGACCUGACGCAUUUGAACGAUAUUGCCGAUGAUUCACCAGAUCAAGAACAGGCCACAUCACAUAAGAGAUCCAUUUCCGUUGGCGACAAGACCUUCGUUGCCUCCAAAUCCCUGUUAAGUACACUCGAUAUCGUUAGAGAUAUACUCAUACUUCGGGAAAACUUCAACCAGCUGAGCUCGGUGUAUGAAGGCUACCUGAUUGAAGCCGUCGAGUGCUACAAGAGCAAGGCAUUGGCGAGCGUCAAGAAUCCAGACGGGACAUUCGAUAAAUCAAAGAACAUCAGUAUCGUUAACGAAUCCUUGGAUUGUCUCACUGAAGUGCUUCAAUGCUCAAGGGAAGCACAAGAUUGGUGA